AUGUGUGCUGCGUCCGCCGCCGUCACACCGCUUCGACACAACUACUACGCGCUUCGGCACGGCCAGUCGCUCGCAAACGUCGAGGGCGUAAUCUCCUCCGACCCAGCCGUCGCCUGCAACCAUCACGGCCUCAGCGAGACGGGCCUCCAGCAAGCUCGGCGCGCCGCAGAGGCGGUGUGCGCGGAGGCGCUCUCGACGGGCGUCGACGGCGUCGCAAUCGUCAGCUCGGACUUUAAACGCGCCUGGCAGACGGCGCAGGCUGUCCACACCGCCGUGAUUUCCCGCGGGCUGUCCUGCGUUCCGGCCUCAGCCGUGUGCGCUGAGACGCUGCUCCGCGAGCGCUCGUUUGGGACCCUGAGCGGCGGCCCAGACAGUCGAUACGCAGACGUGUGGGUGCACGACGCGGUCAGCGCAACCCACACCGAGUUUGGAUCAGAGCCUGUCACCAGCGUUCGCGAGCGGGCGUGGGGCGUAGUCGAGCGGCUGGAGGCGGAGUUGCCCGGCCGGUGCAUGGUGGUGCUCGUUGCGCACGGCGACGUGCUGCAGAUCCUGCAGACGCGCUUCGCGUGCGUCGACCCUCGCACCCACCGCUCGCUGCCGCACCUGGAGACGGCCACCCUACGCAGACUCUCCCUCCCCCUCGCUGCUGGCGCGGGGUGA